AUGGAUAGUUGCAGUUCCACCACAACAUGGAUAGUUGCAGGUGUACUUUGCGUACUCUUCCUAAUAGGAUCAUUAGGGUGGCUUCUUGUAUCCUGGAGAAAACCCAGUUUUCUAGGAUUUAAACAAAAUGAAGGAAACACUAAAAACGUCAGAUUUAAAGGCAGCACUUCAAACCUCAGUAGUAUCAGUUUAAUAAGCGAAGGAAGUCACAUCAGUCGUGCCAGCAAAUUAAGUCACGCGAGCAAAAUAAGUCAUAAAAGCAAUGCAAGCCUAGGGAGCAAAACAAGCAGAUUAAGUAAAGGGAGUAGAAUGAGCCGUGGAAGCCAGAUGAGCCGAAUAGAUGAACAGUUUAACCAACAGAUUCUUACUGAUGUAGAUGUACAUACAUAUUAGUAAAUUUACAAUCAAACUUAUUUAAAGCUCUAUAGAGUGUUUGGUUAAAAACUAAUGAUUUUGACAUGCAAAAAACGUAGUGUUGUUAUUAAUGGGUUUAAAAUUUUAGUUUUAAUUAAGGAGAAAUGAUCUUUCUAUCAGAAGCACCACCUCUUUUAUUUAAAAAAACCUCAGUUUUCUUUUCAUGACAAUUUGUUUGAUUGGGAAUUGAGUCUUUGCCACAAAAUCUGAUUUUCUAAUCCCUAUAUCUUUGCAAUACAAUGUCGUCGACCUUAGCUAUUUCAAACUAUGAAUUCUGUUAGAUCCAAUAAUCAAAUUGUUUGGCAAAAACUCACUUUCUUUGAACUAAAGAAGAGGACAUUAUAUUUGUUCUUGAUAUUUACACCUAGAAAAGGUUGAUUAGUUGUUUGUAGAAUUUAUCAAUCCAACAAUAAUAAUAUGAUUCGUCUUUGAUAUAUCAAACUUAAACAAUCAAGUAUUGCCAUGUUUAUACAGACGUAAAAAAUAAGAAAUAAAUAAUUUUUUUGUUUAAUUUGAUAAAGAUGUUCUUACUCUAAUUUCAAACUUCGAAUUUAAAUUUAAAAAAAAAAAUGCAGUAGAUAUUUGUUAAUUCUAUAAGUUGUAUGUACGGUUAAAAACUUAAUCAAAUUUUUGCUUGAGAUUAGAAAUAAAAAUAUCCAAUUUCGUAGACAUCAUUA